AGAAAGGGAAACAACAACAAAGUUAAAAAUGUCAUCUUUGUGGAAGACUUUCAUGUUACCCAGAGUGUAUGUUUUAACAACUGUUUAGCUAUUUAAAUUGUGAUUGAAUUUACAUUAAUUUUCAUUAUUUUUUAAAUUACCGGUAUUGCAUGUGCCGCAACAGUAUUGUAAACAUUUACAUUUUGUGUGACACUCUACUGUUACUGUAUAAUUAUAGACUAUAUUUUUAAUUAUAUUAUUAAUAUUAAUAUUAUUAGGCCAUGAUAGGCCGCUAUUCUAUGGCUAUGACUAAGACUAAGAUGGCUAUGACUAUGAGAGUAUGGACAGUAAAAAUCAGUAUUGAUAACUUUGAUAAUGAUAACACUGUAUGACUGCAUAGUUAUAGUUAGGUAAAUACUAUGGCAUAGGUCUAAUAAACUAAAAUUUAUUUAAUUUUUUAUUAUCACCACUGUUAUCAACUUUUCUUGACAUGUUAAAUACUUUAAUUCUAGGCUCCUAUUUUGAUUUUUCAAAACAGCCUGAUAUGACGAGACCCCAACUAAUCAGUUAUUAUUUAUACCUUUAAAAAUAUAAUUUCAGAGCUUCACGGGUCACAUAUGCAAGAAAAUUUCUUAUUAAGCAAAAAUUAUUGACCUCAUCAAAAGGUGUCCAUACUCAACCAUCAGUGUCCACUCAAACUUCCAGUUUAGAGGCUCGAGGUGACCUCCGUCUUAGUGACAGUUGCGUCAAGGUAAUAAAAUGAGAAGAUCCUAAUUCAUGUGAGGUGAAUUUUAUAUUUGGGAGUACAACUCAACUGACUUGGCUUUGGUUAAUGUUGGUUCAGCAUGCCACUCUGAGUUUCAGUGUAGGUUUCUCUCCCUUUUGUUUAUUCUUGGGAUGGUUAAUAUUAAUAUUUAAUAUUUAUACGCAGAUGAAAUUUUUUAAAUUAUAAUUUGAUUGGGUGGGUAUUAUAAUAUUUAAAUUUUCCGCAUUUUGGAAAAUGGGUAUUGUAUUGAUCUUGUUAACUCCUGGCUCUUUUUUUUGGUGGAACCUGCUAUAAAAUGUGUAAAAGUCUAUUCUAUGAAAUUGUAAGUUUCAUUAUUUUAAAAAUACUUAAUAUCGUUUUUCUUUAAUCUGACACUAUGGUUACCACAGUGUGUAAAUGUAGCACACAUGCUUUAGUUGAGAGAAGGGAGUGACCCUAUUCUUACCACAGUGUGUAAAUGUAGCACACAUGCUUUAGUUGAGAGAAGGGAGUUCUGUCUCGGGUUAAUCCUGUAGUAUAGGCCAAAACGUGCCUAAGUGUCAUUUCAAUUGUUUCUAUAGUAUAGUAGUUACUAUCCUAAUGUCUCAUUUUUAUUGUAGUUAGUUUACAUGUUUUUAAUAAUUUUAAAGCGCUUAGAGCUUUAAGGUAAGUGCUAUAUAAAAAUGCCUAAAUAAAUAAAUAAAUAAAAUAAAGUAGCUAUGUUCACCCAAAAAUUAAAGUACUGGCUGAAAUUACGACAGCUAGAGGGAUACAAUAAAGUUGCCAUGUUUGCCAUAUAAAAAUGUACCUGCUGAAAUUAAGACAGAAAAAUGGACCACCGCUGGUCAUUGACACUUCUUGCCUCAUGUCUAGAGGAAUAAAUAAAGUUACAAUAUUUGCCAUGAAAUCAAUUUAUUGGGGGUCGUCCAUUAAUUAUGUCACCAAAAUAGGGGGGGGGGGGGGGGGGAAGUGGUUGACAAUCAAUUUAUUGGGGGUCGUCCAUUAAUUAUGUCACCAAAAUAGGGGGGGGGGGGUUGACAGUUGUUGACAAGGGGGGGGGGGGGGGGUUUAGAUAACUGGACGUCAAUAAUCAUGUUUUCUCUAUUAAAUUAAAAUUGACUGGUUAUUACAUUAUUUACAAAAAUUUAAUGGGUGUCAAUAGUCAAAUAGUUUUUAAGUGUCAUGCGCAAUCAAGAUAAAUGAUAUUGUUCGAGUAGGAAUAUGAUGAUUUGAGAAUUAGGGGAAAGUAAGGUGAGUAAUAAUAAUAACAUUGCUGCUUGAACGGAUUUGCAAAAUCUGUAACAUCGAUUUUGCAUCACAAGUCAUGUUGAAAAAGCAUGUUCAACAGCACUGACAAUGCCCUCUUCAGCAUAAGAAAUUGCCACCUGCUACUUACUCCACAAAAAAGUACUUAACCAAUGCGAAUAGCUGCCAGGAGACAGAGAGAGCUUAUGCCAAUUAUUGCUCACACCGACAAUGCUUCAAUUUUAAGUGCUGAAUGGUUAGAUGAGUAUGAUGUUGACUUGUCUGGUACAUCAGUUCCUCAAGAUGAACUUGAUAAAUCAGCUACUAUAGACUAGGCCCAUCACGGGCGUCAUUUCAAGUGUUUUUCAGGGGGGAGGGGGGGCAAAACCAAAACUUGGUCGGCUUGUCAAGUUGCUUAUUACUGGAGGCGCCACAGUACGUAGCAAUUUAAAUAAAACCUGCUAAUUCAGGGAGGGGGGCAAAUUCCCACCUGCCCUACCCAAAUGAUGUCCCUGAUGCCCAUUGUUACGAUAGAGCAACACCUGGCUACUCCAUGAGAAGAUAAUAGCAGCUAGAAACUAUACUAUAAUAGUCUAUAAUUAUAUUUAUACUUCCACAAACAAUGAUAUUUAGUCUUUAACGACCUUUUAAUUGAUUCUGCAAUAUAAAAAUUAAGUGUAAAAACUUUUUAACAUUUUGAUUAACAAGCUAAACAUGUAGUGAAAUGUUUUACCUACAAUUUUGCGUCAUUAAAAUAGAUGCAUAAAAAUUGUUGACGUAAUUAAUGGACGACCCCUUGGCUGAAAUUAUUUCAUUAAAUUUUAACAUUUUUUUCCUAUUUUUAGCUUAUCUCUGUAAGUAACUAAAACACCACAUUCUCUCUUUUUUCCCUCCCCAUGUUAGCAGACAUGUGUUUGCAAUUUUUGUUGUUGUUUACACUGCCCUCAUCUUGGUUGCCAUGACCCGCGGGUUGACGGGUGAUGGCGGCCAUGGGAAAUGAGUGGCGCACCAAACUAACAUUUACCAACACAAUGUAUACAUUUACAUAAUGAUAAUUUUCCUUUUUAAUUGUUUUUAAUGGGAAUUAGCCUGAAAGAAUUUUAAAUGGAAGCCAUACUCAAAGGAAAUGCUGUCCUGAAAAUAGUAUUUGACCUAAAUAUAUGCAGAAAGUAAAUGAGGUGUUGGGCCAGCCGUAAGCGUAAAUUGUAGAAGGGAUGUAGCCUGUUUAUAAGGUUUAGCAUAUUAGAUUCUAUGUAUUGAUUUCAAACUGUUAUUGAAAGUUAUUGUCAAUUUUAAUUAAAUAUAAUAUAAAUAAAUCCUUCUUAAGCUACCCCAUUCAGACUGUAAAGUAAUCUUCAUUCACAAAGACUAUUGCUUUUCUUCCCAUGUCUUUGUCAAGAUUUGACUUUCCUGUGACAACCACUGACAUCUAAUUUCUUUUAGCUUGAACUGGAACAGUUGUUUUUUGUAUUGUUGAUGUUAUACAUCUUAUGAAUAACAACUCAUGACAAAAUGUAUCCUCAGCGGUUGAAAGAGAUUCAAGAUGGUGUCAGACACUUACGGGUCAUGGUGGAAGGGGGAGGCUGCUCUGGCUUUCAAUACAAAUUUGAGCUCGAUUCUGCAGUGACAGAAGAGGACAGGUGAAUCAUUGUACUAUAUUUGGUCAUCAUCUAAAUUCGUGGUUGUAAAUGGUUGUGUUGCAAUACAACAGGUGUUAUGGCAUACAAUGGUGUGUGUUGCCAUUGCCAUACAAUGGUGUGUUGCCAUACAACAGGUGUGUUGCCAUACAAUGGUGUGUUGCCAUACAAUGGUGUGUUGCCAUACAAUGGUGUGUUGCCAUACAAUAUUAUGUUGCCAUACAACAGGUGUGUUGCCAAAGUUCACUGGCAUGUUGCAAGAUUUUAUAAUUGAUUAAAUAUUAAAGUUAAACAAAAUUAAUUGAUCUAGAAAUGAAAGGUAAAUAUAUAAUCCAUCAGUUUUUUGUCAAAAUGCGGAUUUGACAUAACGUGAAAUAAUUCAAAUGUUUGUUAUUUGUGGGCUGCAGAUAAGAACACAUUUCAGAGCUAGAAUAUUUUGUACAAUGUUUUUGUCAAUAGUGGAUUUUAAUCAAACCAAUUUUGGUGGACAUUUUAUUUACCUUUUUUGUAAACAUUUUAGUGAAAUUAUGAAUCUGCAUUUAAAAAAAAAGAUUGUUCUUUUCGUGCAGCCUUUUUGGAGUAAAUAAUUCCUCACUUUUCAUCUUAAGUUCAUUGAGAAAGUUGUUACUUUUAUAUUUUCUUAUUUAAAAUCUGAAGCAUUUUUUUUCUAUAUUUCUUUAUGCUAACUGAUUACGAUGAAGGAGGCAACCAAUCACCUAGAAACAGUCACAUGAAACAAAUAUGAUAAUGUCAAAUUUGAUAAUGUAAAAAUUGAUAUGUAAAAUUUGAUAUAUUUCUGCUUUGGACAAAAAAAAGUCAGCUCAUAUUUUGUCUCAUUCUUGCUUAGAGAAUUUUUUUACUUUUUUUUUCAUUUUUUUGGGUGUAUUUCAGAGUGUUUGAAAAAGACGGUGUCAAGGUUGUGAUAGACAAAGAUUCUCUGGACUUGGUUAAAGGGUCCACUGUAGAUUUUUAUCAUGAGAUGAUUCGGUCAUCAUUUAGAAUCAUCAACAACCCCAAAGCUGAACAGGGCUGCUCCUGCGGGGCGUCCUUCUCUGUGAAACUCUAGCACUGGAACCGGUAGGGAAUUCAAAGAUGUUAUCUUAAAGUGAGGCCCGGCAUCGAGUUAAGAACAGCCAAAAUUGUUUUAGCAUAACUAACAUAUUUUCUUGUCGAGAUAAGAAUACACAUUGGUUUUACCACAUUUUUGAUCCAUGCACGUUACUUAACUUAUUUACUUUUCAUUACAUGAAUUUGAAUAUUAUCACUAUGCAUCUCUAAUUUGAGUUAACUGAAUUUUAAAAAAGCAAAAAAACACAGAAAAAAUGCAGAUUGUGUAUGAUCCUGCUCAGUGGUAGAUCUUGAUAGUUGCUUUGUAUUACUGUGGUAGAUCUAGACAGUUGCUUUGUAUUGCUGUGGUAGAUCUUAAUUGAGAGCAAACAGAAAAGAAUUUUGAUGGUACAUUUGUCAUGAGAGUUGUAAAUGCUAUCAAAAUAUUUUUCUUAAGAUAUUGUUUAUGGUGCCAACAUUUGUCUCACAGAAUGUGAAGUGUUAAAAUUUGUCACAUAGGAUGUGAAUAGUGUUAACAUUUUUGUUUGUCAGGAGAGUUGUAAGUGUUUUCAAUAUUUACGGUUCAACCAUUGACCUGUCAUUGUUGACACAAAUAUAAGGUUCAACCAUUGACCUGUCAUUGUUGACACAAAUAUAAGGUUCAACCAUUGACCUGUCAUUGUUGACACAAAUAUAAGGUUCAACCAUUGACCGGUCAUUGUUGACACAAAUAUAAGGUUCAACCAUUGACCGGUCAUUGUUGACACAAAUAUAAGGUUCAACCAUUGACCGGUCAUUGUUGACAUAGUGCUAAAAAACUUCAUUGAUGAGUUACAACUUUGGUUCUUUGAUGAAAGUAUGGACAUUGAAUCUCUAGAAAUGUUGAACAUUUGUCACAUAGUACAUUCAUUGUGGGCCCUCAAGAUAUUGAAGAAGAAAAAAUGAUGUCCUUGACCCCAACAAUAUUUAGAUGAUGACUCUGACUCAAACAACACCCAAAUGAUGACCUUAACCCCAAAAACACUUAGGUGAUGACCUUGAAACCAACAAUACUUAAAUGAUGACCACAGCAACACUUAGAUAAUGAUCCCCAACUGAUCCCAACAACACUUAGAUGAUGACCACAACUGACCCCAACAACACUAGGGGACAUGAUUGUGUCCAAGGGACAUAACUGUGUCCAUGGUGUCCAUGUCUAGGGGGUUAUCACUGUUUCCAGGUGGCUACAGACAGUAUUGCAUAGCAUGUCUAUGAAGUGUUGUGAAAUGUGAAUUGAAAAGCCAAGCAAUCUGUUUAUCUCAUUUUGUAUCUGGUCACAGAUUUGUUCUAAUUGCAGAAAACAAAGAAACAUACACAGCUACACAGGCCAGAGAAACAUACACAGUUACACAGGCCAGAGAAACAUACACAGCUACACAGGCCAGAGAAACAUACACAGGUACACAACAGUUACACAGGCCAAAGAAAAACCUGAAGAAGGUCAUACAAAAAAAAAAUGUUUUUUUUUCGGCUGUAAACUUACACCAAAAAAUGACAAUGAUCCAUAAAAUAACAUUAUCACUUUAUUCAACACAGCUUUUCAAUGUGAUCACUUUAUUCAACAGAGCUUGUCAAUGUGAUCACUUUAUUCAACAGAGCUUGUCAAUGUGAUCACUUUAUUCAACAGAGCUUGUCAAUGUGAUCACUUUAUUCAACAGAGCUUUUCAAUGUGAUCACUUUAUUCAACAGAGCUUGUCAAUGUGAUCACGUACAAAUUUUUUUAGACGAGUAAAAAAUAUAUUUGUAUUUGCUUUUAAUCUUUAAGUAGUUUGAUUAUAAUUGUAAUUAUUUACUUUGAAUCAUUUUGUCCUAAUUGGUCUGUGUAAAUAUACCCCAUGCCUUUAAUUGUAAAUAAAUGUAUAAGAAAUAUGGCAUCAAC